AUGCUUAGUGUUCUACCUCCAGAGCUACGCCUCCGAAUCUACUCUUACGUUUUCUCGACGAGAGAUGAAGGACUCAUCGUGCUGCGAGCUACAGAGAGAGGGGAUUGGGCAGGCGAUAUGGGGCUCCCUUCAUAUGCAAUGCUGCUCCAAGAUCCUCAUUACGAGCGCUAUCGCCGCAGAAGCAGUAUCCGAGGCAAAUGGCCUGAUCCUGUAGAAGAGGCCUUCCACAAAGCUUUGCGAUGGACUGCCAGCUAUCAACAUAGACUCAACGGGACCCAUAGAGCGAAUACCGACCAGAUGAUUGGAAGGGCCAUCUACGAAUAUACCGGCCAGUUGCGAACCGGAAAACAUGUCUCAAGCCACAUACAGCAACUGCGGAGGAUCGGCAGUCGAAUGCCUGAAGCCUCCGACCGUCUCACGCGACAGAUAGUUCGUGCUGCUGCUGAACUUCAGGAAGCAGACACAGAAGAUACAGCCAAGAUUAACCAAAUACUGGGGCAAAUCCAGAAUGCGACGUUCGUCUUUGCCAGACGGAAUGACGAGAUACAAAAUGCUGCUUUUGCCCUUUCUCAACGGAGGCGGACGCAGAACAAUCAAAAGAUCCAAGCCCGACGAAAGCCACGGAUCAGGCCAGAAAUCAUCAUGCUAGAUAAUUCAGUCCAUUCAUUAUUCCACGAGAUCUCGCGCUUGGCUUCUCAAAAUGAGCACGAGUUGUCACUUCAACCCCUACGACCGCUAGGCAGCAACUUUCUCGCUCUCAGCUACGUCAAUCAUCUUUUUCGGUCCGAAGUCUUGCGAUACAUCGAAUCCCAACUAUCCUUCGAUUUCUCCGUCGACGUCACAGCCUUGAAGACUUUCUGCGCACACGUGGAGCCGAUCCACAGACAACAUGUCAGGCACAUUGCAAUUGAGUUUGUGGACAGCCACGCUUCGUUUGACCCUAGCCCAUCGACGACUUUCGGCACAUAUCUAUCCACCAACCUACCGAAUUUGAAAACAGUGUUUUUUACCCUGAUCCCAUGCAACCCUACCCGCCACGACGUGUUCGAGUACCAGUGGGGUCAGCAAACCAAUGAUUUGCUCUCAAACUUGGGCGAUCUGAAAGCGACCAUCAUCCUGAACCUGCGAUGGAAGCCAGACUGCGACUAUUUUGAAGAGAAAUACGUGGACACUCAAGGCUGGAGAUGUAUCCGGCGCUGCGAAGACUCAGGCGAGCGUGAGCCACAUGCGUGGUGCCGCCCCACAUCGACGGCUCCAGGAUUCUAUGAGCUGGCUCCCCGUUCGGAGCGUGGAUGUGGGCCACAAGAGUGA